AUGGACUUUCUUCAGCAUUACGAAUUGCUAGUCGACUCUAGUUGCCAUAGAUUGAUAAAUAGCAAUCAAGAACUAUCGAUUUCAGGUAUCUGCACCGAUGUCGAGAGUAUCCGUUUGAUGGUAGCUACAUCAGAUCAAUUAUCCCCGUACGAGAUACUGCUAAAGAAAUUUCCUGAACUCACACAGAGCAAUUACUCAACAGCCUCUCUCAGACACAGCAUAACGCACCAUAUUGUAACUAAAGGUCCACCUGUCGCAGCAAAACCACAUCCUUUAGAUCCAGCAAAAAUGCAAAUAGCAAAAGCGGAGUUCAACAGAUUGUUGGAUCUAGGAAUAAUACGACCGUCAAACAGUCCAUGGUCAUCACCACUUCAUAUGGUUCCAAAGAAAAAUUCAACAGAGAUACGACCAUGUGGAGAUUACUGA